GCUCCACAGCUGUGUGAGGGGCGUGCUAUACUAGCUUUAGCAUUAGCAUUAGCUCGUUCUGAUGUAAACGGAGCGACCAGAGCGCAGGGACUAGUGCGCGCCCAGACCGCUCAGUCUCCUCCGUGUCCGCGGACAGUGAGUAUAAGCCCGUGAGGACAAGCCCGUGAGGACCGGGGCCUGUUUCAUUUCGAGCCAGUGUCUUUACAGAGCUCCUCCGCGGAGGAGAACAGAGGACGACAGCUCUGGUCUGCCUCGGGUCUCGGGUGGUCGGUUAUACACAGGACCAGGGACAUGACCGUGAAGCGCCUCUGAAGAACGAGCACAUCUGCGUGCCAUGUCUGUGGUGUUCCCACGAGCCAGUGUCAGUGCCGCACACAGUAAGAAGGACAAGCGACUGAUGGCCGAGGUAAACGCGUCGCCCCUCAAGCACUUUGUCACCGCCAAGAAGAAGAUCAAUGGUAUCUUCGAGCAGCUCGGGGCCUACAUCAAGGAGAGCUCUGUGUUUUUAGAAGAGACUUAUAAGAAUGAGGAGUUGGACCCAGUCACCACAGAGGAGCAGGUGCAAGAGGUGUGUGCGUUCCAGAGCAAAGCAGCAGGCAUUGCAGAGGUGCUUGCCCGCAGACACAUGAAGGUGGUCUUCUUUGGGAGGACCAGUAAUGGAAAGAGCUCUGUCAUAAACGCCAUGCUGUGUGACAAAGUGCUGCCCUCAGGCAUCGGACACACCACCAACUGCUUCCUGCGCGUGGAGGGCACUGAUGGAGCGGAGGCCUUCAUCCUGACAGAGGGGUCUGAGGAGCGCAAGAGCAUCAAGACAGUGAACCAGCUUGCCCAUGCUCUGCACCAGGAGGAGCAGUUGGACGCGGGGAGCCUGGUUUGUGUCAUGUGGCCCAAAGCCAAGUGUGCUCUGCUCCGGGACGACCUGGUGCUGUUGGACAGCCCUGGCAUUGACGUGACCACAGAGCUGGACAGUUGGAUCGAUAAGUUCUGUCUGGACGCUGAUGUGUUUGUGCUGGUGGCCAACUCUGAAUCUACACUCAUGCAGACGGAGAAGUCCUUCUUCCAUAAAGUCAACGAGAGACUGUCCAGCCCAAACAUCUUCAUCCUCAACAACCGCUGGGAUGCCUCAGCCUCAGAGCCAGAGUACAUGGAUGAGGUUCGGCGUCAGCACAUGGAGCGCUGCACAGACUUCCUGGUGGAGGAGCUGCGUGUGGUGGAGCGGGCUCAGGCUGCAGACCGCAUCUUCUUUGUGUCGGCUAAAGAAGUGCUGCAGGCCCGAGUGCAGAAGGCUCAGGGCAUGCCUGAGACUGGAGGAGCACUCGCUGAGGGGUUUCAAGCUCGAAUGUUUGAGUUCCAAAACUUUGAAAGAAGAUUUGAGGAAUGCAUCUCUCAGUCGGCUGUAAAAACCAAGUUUGAACAGCACACGGUGAGAGCCAAACAGAUCAGUGAGGCCCUGCGAGGCAUCAUGGAGUCAGUGCACGUAGCAGCGCAGGAGCAGAGGAUGUAUUGCUUAGAGAUCAAAGAAGACCGCCAGGACCGCCUGCAGUUCUUGGAUAAGCAACUUGACCUGCUGACUCUGGACUGUAAAGCAAAGAUUAAGAAGAUCACAGAGGAGGUGGAGAGACAGGUAUCCAACGCUAUGGCCGAGGAGAUCCGGAAGCUCAAUGUUCUGGUAGAUGAUUUCCACUUGGACUUCCACCCUUCCCCUGUGGUCCUCAAGGUCUACAAAAAUGAGCUUCAUAGGCACAUAGAGACUGGCCUGGGGAAGAACAUGUCCCAUCGCUGCUCCACAUCCAUCAACUCAUCUCUCCAGGCCACACAGACUGAGAUGAUCGACGGUCUGAAGCCCCUCCUGCCUGCCGAAGUUCGCGAGCAGGUGGAUAAGCUGGUUCCUCGUCACUGCUUCAGCCUGAGCUAUGACCUGGCCUGUGACAAACUAUGCAGUGACUUCCAGGAGGACAUCAGCUUCCACUUCUCCCUGGGCUGGACAAUGUUAGUCAAACGCUUCCUGGGGCCUCAGAACACACGGCGGGCUCUUACAGGCUACAGUGAGGUCCCUCGGCCUCUAGCUCUGACCCCGGUGAACCCCAGCAUGCCCCCGUUUCCCCAGAACUCAGUCACUCAGGAAGAGCUGAUGGUCUCCAUGGUGACGGGCCUGGCCUCCCUCACGUCGCGGACGUCCAUGGGCGUGCUGGUUGUAGGUGGAGUGAUCUGGAAGGCAGUGGGCUGGCGUCUGAUUGCUCUGUCCCUGGGUCUAUAUGGUCUCUUGUACAUCUAUGAGCGGCUCACAUGGACCACCAAGGCCAAAGAGCGUGCGUUCAAAAGGCAGUUUGUGGACUAUGCCAGUGAGAAACUACAGCUCAUCGUCAGCUACACUGGCUCCAACUGCAGCCACCAAGUCCAGCAGGAGUUGGCGGGUAUGUUUGCUCAGCUCUGUCAGCAGGUGGAUGUGACACGGCAGAAUCUAGAAGAUGAGAUCAAUGAAAUGAACCACAAAAUCGAGCAGCUGGACAGUCUGCAGAGCAAGGCCAAGCUUCUCCGGAACAAGGCAGGCUGGCUGGACAGUGAGCUCAACAUGUUCAUCCAACAGUACCUUCAACACAGUAGCAAGUGAUGACUGCACCAUGUCCACAUCCUCUGCUCCAGAACUACUCGACACACAGGGAGGGACACUAACCAGUACAGGUGCACCACUCCAUCGGCCCCUUGUGGCACCAGUUUGGAGUCCAUAAGCCUACUAACUACUAUCUAGAGGAUGAAAUAAGAACAAAAAGAUUUUU